AUGAAGUUAAUCAAGUUAGAAAUACUUGUCAUCACUUUAGCCCAUGUUGCUUGCUGCAUUUUUUUAAAAAUUGGACUUGAAAAUAUUUAAAAAGGAGAAAUGAGUUGGGUUAUAAAAGCAGGAUUCAGUACAGAAUCUUUGUGGGAUCUUUACCUUUAAUCUCUUUAUUAUAUGAUUAUAACUAUUUGCACUAUUGGAUAUGGUGAUAUAUCCCCAUAUUAAUUAAGUAGUUUAUUGAUUAGGAAUGAGUCUAUAAGUGAAAGUGAGGAAGCAUUUUGA